AUGUCAGUUUUGGUCGAAACUACUCUUGGAGACUUAGUUAUUGAUUUAUUUAUCAAAGAAAGACCGAGAUGUAAGAAUUUUUUCAAAAACAAAAAACAAUUGAUAAAAUAAUUGAAUUUAAGGUUCACUCAAUUUUAUCAAGUUAUGCAAAAAGAAAUAUUACAAUUUAUGCCAAUUUCAUAGUAUCGAACAGAAUUAUGUGGCACAAACUGGUGAUCCAACGGGUACAGGAACUGGUGGAGAAUCAAUUUAUAGGUUCGUUUUCAUUAUGAAAAAUAAUCUAGUGAAUACUUUUUCCAGCGAUUUAUAUGGUGAACAAGGGAGAUAUUUUGAGAGAGAAGAUUUGCCGAAAAUGCGACAUACUCGAUUAGGAGUUGUUUCAUUUGUGAAUAAUGGAGAUAAUAUGCUUGGAAGCCAAUUUUUUGUCACGUUGGGAGAAAAGUAUUAUUUUUUCAUUUUAAUGUUAUUAAUAUCGUUAUAUUCAUUUUUUUUUAGUUUGGAUUAUUUGGACGAACAACACACAAUAUUUGGACAAGUUACUGAAGGAAUUGAAACACUUGAAAAAUUGAAUGAACAACUUACGAAUUCGGAUCAUAAACCGUUUCGGGAUAUUCGAAUUUCGCAUACAAUUGUAUUAGAUGAUCCAUUUGAUGAAGAUGAUAGAAUUAAAUAUCCAAGUAGAUCGCCAUCGCCAACUUAUGAAAUGUUGAUCAAAGUGAGUUUGGAUUAUAAAAAUUGCAGGAAAAAAAUGAGCAAAAGUCAUGCUAUUAGAAAUAAGUGUUGCUCGAUUUUUCCGAGAUUGAUAAGAACCGUAAACAUUUGAAAAAUUCAUUUUUCAGACUGAUCAAAUUGCUCUUGAUGAAAAAGACGAUGAAGAUGAAGGAAAGACUGCUGAAGAAAUUGCAGAAGAAAUUAGAAAUCGAGAAAUGGCAGAACAAGCACAAAUUUUGGAAAUGGUUGGAGAUUUGAAAGAUGCUGAUGAAGUUCCCCCUGAAAAUGUAUUAUUUGUUUGCAAAUUGAAUCCAGUUACAACUGAUGAAGAUUUGGAAAUUAUUUUCUCUCGAUUCGGAAAAAUCAAUAAUUGUGAAAUCAUUCGAGAUCGACGAACUGGUGAUUCAUUGCAAUAUUCAUUUAUUGAAUUUGAUAAUGUAAGAAAAGAAUUCAUUCAAAAAAAUUAAAACAAGUAUGAGAUUAUUGUUUUCAGGCCAAAAGUUGUGAAAAUGCGUAUUUCAAAAUGGAUAACGUAUUGAUUGAUGACAGAAGAAUUCAUGUUGAUUUUUCACAAUCUGUGUCACAGAAUUUCAAAUACAAACCAAGUGAGUAUGAAGUUAUUUUUUGUCUUUUUUGAAAAAAAAUUCCGAAUAAAUUCUCGGUGAUAUUAUUUUUAUCCAAACUAUAUAUAAUUUUUGAUUUUUAGAAUCAAAAGGAGAAGAGAAAAAACAACAAUCGACACAAAAACAAUACAAAAAUGAAGAAAAUGAUAGAAAGAAAAGAAGAAGUCCAUCACCAAAAUAUAGAAGAAGAAGAUCGCCAUCACCAAAAAGAUCAAAAAGAAAAGAUGAAAGAGAUUAUGAUAGAAAUCGAGAAAGAAAAAGGUUUGUUUUUUUACAAAUGUUUUUCUUUGGAGAAAUUUGAAUUUUUCAGAAGCAGAAGUCCAAAUCGACAGCAUUCUUCUAGUUCUCGAAGAAAUCGAAGCCGAAGCCGCGAAUAUCGAAGAAAUGAUCGCCGUUGA